AUGGUGUUGGCUCUGGUGGUCGGACUCCUGUGCGUGUGGGGCCGCCUGACCGUCGCUAACCCUGAAGCGAAGCGGCUGUACGACGACCUGCUGUCCAACUACAACCGGCUGAUCCGGCCCGUCGGGAACAACUCAGACCGGCUCACCGUCAAGAUGGGGCUAAGGCUCAGUCAGCUCAUCGACGUUAAUCUUAAGAAUCAAAUCAUGACAACGAACGUGUGGGUAGAACAGGAAUGGAAUGACUACAAGCUGAAGUGGAACCCAGACGACUACGGUGGUGUGGAGACGCUGCACGUACCCUCAGAACACAUUUGGCUGCCAGACAUCGUGCUUUACAAUAACGCGGAUGGUAACUACGAAGUGACAAUAAUGACGAAGGCCAUCCUCCACCACGACGGCAAAGUGGUGUGGAAGCCGCCGGCCAUCUACAAGUCUUUCUGCGAGAUCGACGUCGAGUACUUUCCUUUUGAUGAGCAGACCUGUUUCAUGAAGUUCGGGUCGUGGAGCUACGAUGGUUACACGGUGGACUUGAGGCAUCUAAAACAAACACCAGACUCGGAUCACAUUGGCAUGGGCAUCGAUCUCUCUGAGUACUACAUCUCCGUCGAAUGGGACAUCAUGCGAGUACCCGCCACGCGAAACGAGAAAUUCUACUCGUGCUGCGAAGAACCAUACCCCGAUAUCAUUUUCAACCUAACCCUUAGGAGAAAGACCCUCUUCUACACGGUCAACCUCAUCAUCCCCUGCGUCGGAAUUUCGUUCCUUUCGGUUCUCGUCUUCUACCUACCCUCGGACUCUGGUGAAAAGAUCUCACUCUGCAUUUCAAUCCUGCUCUCUCUUACCGUGUUCUUCUUGCUAUUAGCAGAAAUUAUCCCACCGACGUCCUUAACAGUCCCACUGCUGGGAAAGUAUUUGUUGUUCACUAUGAUGCUAGUCACAUUAUCAGUAGUUGUCACUAUCGUGGUGCUAAACGUAAAUUUUAGGUCGCCAGUCACCCACCACAUGGCUCCGUGGGUGCGGAAGGUCUUUAUAGAUUUUUUACCCAGAAUAUUGUGUAUACAAAGGCCAGAGAAGCCGCCGGAUGAUGAUGACGAUAACGAUAAGCCGACCGAGGUGAUCACCGAUGUCUUUGGAGGUGACGACAUGGAUGGCAAAUUUAAAGAGUGGGGGUGCGAGGAGUACGAAUUACCAGGGAUGCCCCCAUCGCCCCCUCCGCCCCCGGGGGGUGACGAUGAGCUCUUCUCGCCACCCCCCGGAUCCCCCUGCCGUCUGGACCUGGAUGAUGGCAGCCCAUCUCUAGAGAAACCCUACGUGAGAGAGAUGGAGAAAACUAUAGAAGGGUCGAGGUUCAUUGCGCAGCACGUUAAGAAUAAGGAUAAGUUUGAAAGCGUGGAGGACGACUGGAAGUACGUGGCCAUGGUUCUGGACAGAAUCUUCCUGUUCGCGUUCACGAUAGCCUGCGUGUUGGGGACGGCCCUGAUCAUAUUCAGGGCGCCGACCUUCUACGACAACACCAAGCCCAUUGACAUCCUCUACUCGAAGAUCGCCAAGAAGAAGCUCGAGCUGCUAAAAAUGGGCUCAGAAGGCGACCCGGGUCUCUGAAAUUCGUCUUACGUCUUCGGCCACUCGCCGCCGAAGACGUUCUGGGAGCUCAUCGUCAUGUGGUGGCAUGGAUGAUCCAUGUAAGGCCCCAGAGAGGAACUGACAGGCGAGGACUUUAGUGCUUACGUGGUGCAAUGCACGGUGCGCCGGACGAUACCGCGAACGCGCAUCUUAAGCCGUCUUUUGUAACUGAAACUUUAGUAUGUGUCCGUCGAUAGUGAACCGCCGGUUACAACCGAGACCGCCGCAACUAUUUUUUAUAAUUAGAACGCUGUAUUGAACGUUUAUACUUUAAGCGAACGCAUCUUUUGUAUGUUCCCAUCGGACUUUACUUUCCCAUAACUUAUUUGAUACGAGCGCACAAACAUUGUACAGAUUAUCUUUAGGAGGUUUAUUGUUUUUUGCGAUAGGACGAUUAAGUUUCGAGUAACAUGCGUAUGAUACCGUUAAUACUACUCUAAGGUUUACUUCAAAUAAAAUCGAGCUCAAUUUCGUAAUGUUUAAGUAUUGUAAAGUGGUACUAUUCAAUCAAACGUCGAUUAGCAUCAACAUUAUUAUGAUAGUUUUUUGCAAACGUCCUCUAUGAGAGCCGGACAUUCUAGAUGAUUAAAGAUGGUGAUGUAAAAAUUUGAAUUAUAAUUUAGUAUUUGAUAACU